AUGGUGACCUAUGUCUACGGGUUCCAACUAGGGUUUCACUUUUAUCAUAUACUCACAAUUGUUCAAAGCAUGACACAGAUUACAGUUAUGUCAUGGGUUUAUAUAGAACAAGGUACCCAUCCAAAUUUGACAAUGAAACUGGUUAUUGGAGUUGGAUCUGUACUACUAUCAAUUUUUAUUGUGAUUAUUUUCAUAAUAUACUUUAUAUUAAAACCACCAUCGAGAAAUUGUGUAUCCUUUCUAAUUAAGCAUAAAACCGAGGACGACAAAAAUAUUGAGGCCUUUGUUAAGCAAUAUGGUUCGUUAAGUACGCAAAGGUACAAGUACAAGGAUAUCAAGAAAAUGACUGGCUCGUUUAAAGUUAAAUUAGGACAAGGAGGUUUCGGACAAGUGUUUAAAGGAAAGCUAUGUGAUGGUCGACUUGUGGCGGUUAAAGUUUUAAAUUCCUCCAAAGAAAAUGGACAAGAAUUUAUUAAUGAAGUUGCAAGCAUUGGUAGGACUUCCCAUGUUAAUAUUGUUACUCUCUUGGGAUUUUGUUUUGACAAUAAAAAAAGAGCUCUUGUAUAUGAGUACAUGCCGAACGGAUCAUUAGAGAAGUAUAUAUAUAGUCAUGUACAUGCGGGGACAAAUGAACAUAUAGGAGUAGAAAAAAUGUAUGAAAUUGCACUUGGAGUAGCAUGCGGUCUUGACUAUUUGCAUCGUGGGUGCAACACUCGGAUUCUGCAUUUUGACAUAAAGCCACAUAACAUACUGCUUGAUGAAGAUUUUUGUCCCAAGAUAGCAGAUUUUGGGCUUGCUAAGUUGUACUCGAGGAAAGAGAGUAUUGUUUCUAUGUUCGAGGCUAGAGGAACAAUAGGUUAUAUUGCUCCAGAAGUUUACAAUAAUAACUUUGGAGGAGUCUCUCACAAAACGGAUGUGUAUAGUUUUGGGAUGUUGUUACUAGAAAUGGCGGUAGGGGGUAGAAAAAAUGUUGACGCGGGUGUUGGUUCUGGGCGUACUAGUGAGAUAUAUUUUCCUGACUGGAUCUACAACCGUCUUCAUAAGAAUGAAUUCCUAUUAGAUAGUGUAGCAACUAGAGAGGAAAAUGAUUAUGCAAGAAAGAUGACAAUAGCAGGUUUAUGGUGCAUACAACCUGCUCCAAAUCAAAGGCCGUCCAUUAAUGAAGUGAUAGAAAUGUUAGAGGGAAGCAUGGACACAAUGGAAGUCCCUCCAAAACCGUUCUUUUCUUCUCCACCACGAUCGCCAGCUACUAUAUAUAGCACAUCAGAAAGCAUGCAAGAGGCAAUAUAAUUCAGAAAGCAUGUAAGAGAUGCCAUUCACAGCCACUCAAUCUGAGUCUCUGCCUCUCUGGAUUGUCACAACCCUGUUGGAUGUUUGCUUAUUGGCCUUUCACUUACCCACCCUUGAUUUAUCCGAACCUUAAACCUGAAAAUAUUCAUCGAUACUUGCAUUCAGU